CAAGAGGCAGAGCUUGGCCCAACAGAUGCGGCGACUGUGAGUACAGUGCAAAAGCUCGCAUCUACGCUAGAACAGCUAGGGAAGAUGGAAGAGGCACAAGCACUCUAUCGUCGAGUGUACAUCUCCUACCAAAGCAUGUUUGGACAGAGCCACCCCAUUACCGUUGAAGCCCUCGAUGAGCUUGCCCAUGUAUCCAAGGCUAGCAACGCUAUGGAUGAGGCUGAGGCACUCUACAAGAAGUCACUCGAGAUCAAGACCAGGACCCUUGGAGCAGAGCACCCAAGCACAGCUCACGCGAUGCAGAAGCUGGCUGUCAUUGAUGAUAUACGUUGUCGCUACGAAGAUGCCAAGACAAAGUAUCAAAAAGCUCUGGAUAUCAUGGCUGCGUCACUGGGCAGAGCUCACCCGCUUUAUACAACCACGAUGGAGAAUCUAGCAUUA